UGUUACCAAGACUGUACAAUACUCCCCUCUCCUCCUGACUAUCAGGCCCCGUGGAUGCUUUAUCCUACUAACACACGUUGCAGUUAAUGCUUUUGGAGCUAUACGGUUACUGCAGCGGAGACAGACGGAGUCACGAGCUUGCCGAGGCUUAUCAUGGUCAAUUGCUGGAAGCGGUGCAGCACUAUGCUAUGUUCAGGAAAUCGACUCCUGCACAGAUCGACUAUCAAUUGUUCAAAACGCUUGCUGUCCUUGACCUGUAUCGCGUUCUCCUGUUAAGACGACCACCAUCCCUGUCAUUGAGAUAUGUAGACAUACUGUGUCCGAAGCCGGCAGCUCUGCAAGAUCAGCGUGAAUCUCUGGCAGCCGGCUGGCCAGAAGUUUUGAGCUCCAUGCUUACGCCUGGAUGCAGUAUUCCAUCGGCAUCUGCAAAGUCGGAUUUGCUUGGUGGCCUAGCAGCGCUUAGCCCCUAUGUGUGGCUCGUUAUUUUCGAGUCCACGUCGCCUGCCACGCCAGGACCUGCAAUGCGGCGGCCUCGAGACUUCUUGAAACGCGACUAUGUCACUUGUGCGAGUGACAAAUGGUUAGAGGCCGAGAUCCGACUAGAUCCGGUCGCCCCAUGCAACCUCAUUCUAUAUCAUUGCAUGAAUCUGGUGAUACAUGCGGAUCUGGAGCUUUUGCACCGCUUCUUCUUACACAGCCCCGGGAAUAGCACCUCGAGCAGCAGCAAUCUGCUCCGUGACUUCUCAAAGGUGCUGUGUAACGUGCAAGAUUGGGUGGCAAGCAGCGACAGCUCCAUCGCUUCGUGGCAUGCUGCCUCUGUCAUGACCCUAGUACGUUGGACAUAUGGGCAGGGAGCUGAUCAUCUGGAUUCUAUCUCGAUCGACAGGGACAUUCCUCACUCGUAUCUAUCUUCUCAGGAUGGGCAGAGGAUCAAGCUUGCAUGCCAGCAAGCCAUGGUGGAACCUCCUCAUAUUGCUUACGCAGUCUUUUUCGCCACACUUGUUCUUUGGUGUAGGGAUACUUUGCAGCCUAAAGGAGGCAGCGGUAGAGCAGCACUUCUCCUGUUACAAGGCAGCCAAUUCCUCCUAGCUUUUCGCAUAAGCGUGGCACACCGACUAUACCAAAUUCUCAAUUACAGAACUAAAUAAAGCCAAUUGUUUUAGCACAUAAAAAAUGGCGUAUGUUCAAGACUUCUGGGGCGGACGAAACUAUCCUAG